AUGACUCUCCUUGCGGUGCUGACCUCGCCCCCCCCCACGCCCCCCACUCGCCCCCGUCAGAGACCAUCCUCAAGUCGCCACGUGGGGCGGGGAGCAGGUGAAAAAGGGGGCAGGCUGGACAGGUGUUCCCAGGAGACCAAAAGAGGAGCAACGCCACCCUAUACCACACCACACCACACCACACCACACCACACCAUACCAGAAACAAAAGAAAACAAGACAAAACAAACUAAGACAAAAACAAGCCCAUACCAUAUAAGACCAGGAAAGACCACAACAGACAAGAAGACUAAAGAAGGCGCCGCGACAGACCAAGCCACACCAAACCACACCAGACCAAACAAAACAAAACAAGGCCAAACAAGACCAGACAAAACAAGACAAGACAUGGUAAGACAACACCGCACCACACCACACAACACCAGACCACACCACACCACACCACACCACACGAAGUACAACGGAGAGGCGGCAAUCAUGGGAACUGAUAAGGAAUUGGCCACACCAGCGACAGAGAUAACACAACGCCAAAGACCUCACUGA